UUAGUACUAUCAAAUUCAAACUAUUUUUCUAUUCCAGUUUGGUUCAAUUUUAAAUAGUUCAGUUUUACUGGAUUAAACACUUUUAAAUUAUCUUUAUUUUGUUAAUGUUUUAUAUUUGUGAUUUUUAUUAUCCUUUUAAUGCCACAUGAUUUCUUUUCGGUCAAAGUAAAAUAUGUGUUAAUUUCAAAUACAAAUUUUCUAAUUGAAUUAUUACUAUAGAAAAUAUUUUAAUCUAAAAUCUGCAUCGCAUAAAUAAAACUAUGAAAGAAAAGAACAUAAUUUAAUACAUUGAUUACGAAUUUUGAAGUUUUAUAAUUUAUAAUAAUUUUAAAUAUGUAUCUAAUUUAAUUAUUAUUAUUUAUAAAAAUAAAAUUUAGAAUUAAAAAUGAUUAGAUAUAUUAAUCCACACAAGGUGCGAAACAUCAACUAAUUAUACAUAUUCAAUAAUGUUUUCUUAAAAUAUACAUAUAGAUCAAAUUUAGGAAGAUGUUAAUUGUAUCCAUAUCUUCCUAAACUAUAAGUUAGGGUUUAAGGUUAACGACAGACGUCCAAAUCUCUCUUCUCUCUUUUUUUUAUAUAUUAAAGCCUAACUUCUUUACUAUUUUCUAGCUCUGUUCUCUUCUCUUCGCUAUCCUCUCGUCUCUCUUUCUUCCUUGGGUGUUCAUGUCAGAAACACAAAAAUAAACAAUAAUGGUGACCCCCAAACUCCCAUGGGAGUUGGAAUCAGAAAUACUUUCUAGGGUUCCUCCCACAUCUGUAAAACGUUUGCAGUUAACUUGCAAACGAUGGAACACUUUAUUCAAAGAUCAGAGAUUUAUCAACAAUCACAUGGGCAAAGCAACAACACAGAUGGUCUUAAAGAAGGGUGAAUCGGCUUAUUCAUUCAGUUUAGAUUUCCAUGGACUACACAAUAGGUAUGAUCAAUUUAUUACGAUUACAGGAAAACUUCAGAGUCUGAAGGAUUCAGAAGAUGUCAAGAUAUCUAAAAUCUUCCCUUGUGAAGGUUUAUUGUUAUGCACGACCAAAGACAAAAAUCUCGUGGUUUGGAACCCUUGUACUGGUCAAACCAGGUGGAUUCUAUCCAACGGUUACGCCAUGAACCAUAAGUAUUAUCUAGGAUACGGUAACAAGAACAAAUCAUGCGAUAGCCUCAAACUCUUGAGGCAUAGCUAUUAUUAUCACCAGAGGCAGAGAGUUAAUACGUUUGAAAUGUAUGAGUUUAACUCUGAUUCAUGGAGAGCUUUUCAUGACGAUUCUGUUAAUUGUGGAAUAUUAUCGCGUGGCGUGUCUUUAAAGGGAAAUACUUACUGGUUACAUUCAGAUGAUGAAGACGAGGACGACGAUCUGGUUAAUUGUAUUCUCAAAUUUGAUUUCAAUACAGAGAGAUUUGGACGUCUGUCUCUUCCUUUUCAUAAUGAUGAUAACGAUGCGUGUGUAGUUCUAUCAGUUGUCAGAGAAGAGAAACUUGCGUUGCUAUUUCAGAGCUUUGCUACUUAUAGUCCAUCAGAGAUGAAGAUAUGGGUGACCAACACUAAGGCUGAUGAGGCCAAGGACUUGUUGUGGAGCUUGUUCUUAGUAGUGGAUUACACUAAAGUUACAGAAGUCAGGACGAGGGUAAUUAGUUUUUUGGUGGACGAGGAGAAUAAAAGGGUCAUGUGCUGUCUUGGAGACUAUGGAGAUGAAGACAAGACCCUACUUUACGUUGCUGGAGAAGAUAUACAUAAAAUAGUCUAUAGAGAGUACAUCUCAGACCCAGAGGUGAGAGACCUUAAGUACAUCCCUAGUCCACGUCUCGUCAGUUAUAUUCCAAGUUUGGUCCGAAUUCCGUUAAAGCAAAGUAAUCCUGAUGGCAAAAGAAAAAAAAUGAUUAGUUGAUUAUCAAUUAGGGUUGUCUCUGUUUAGUUAAUAAACAUAGUAGCUGGAUUUUUUUUUUUUGUUUUCGUUUCUUUUUCUAUAUAGAGUUUUUUCUGAAAAAAAUAUAGUUUUUUGGUGGUCUUACUCAAAUAUAUUAUUUAUGGUCGAAGUUUUUCAUAAAUAUGUGUAAUGUCUUAUAAAUACCAGAAACAAAGCGACGAACACCAAGGAGUAGAAAAGCUCUGAGAUGGUUGGUGAAAAUAUCAUUACAUUUGCAGGACUUUAAGUAAUCUAACAAUUUAAGUACAACACAAAAUCAGAUCUUAACGUCCUCAAGUUGCAACAUGCAAAAUUCCAAGUCGUUUUAUUGAGUUCAACUCUGUAUACUGGACGGUUUUCUUUCGUCCUCAUGUAUAUGAAGUGUGGAGAGCAAGAAAAGAUAACGUAGUUAUGUCUUCUUCUUUUUUUUUCCCUUUCACGUAUAUCAUUUGGAGCUUACAAGGAGAGCAUUACAAAGAAAAAUAAGGAGAGAAAGCUUAGUUUGAAGUUUGUACACAUAGGAGAGGCUAACGAAACGAAGACAACUGGCAUCGAGCAAGCAGUACUAAUCACGGAAGGAGAGUGUGAGAGUUGAAUGAAUCCAAACCAAGUCGAUACAACAGGCUCUGAGGACACCGCAAGGACAUCGACAGAAGGGCGGUCAAGGCUCAAAAAACUAAGUUGGUCAGCAUUCUUCAGUCACUCAAACAUUGUUAUAUUUCUUACUACACAUUUCUUGAUUUCAUAUGAGAUGUUCAAGCCAAAUAAAUUGAGCAUAUAUAUCCAAUUAGAACUAAAUUAAACCAAAACAUAAACCGAUCUGAAUUUUAACUGAAUUAGAUUAUUCUUUAUAAUUCAAACCAAUACGAAAAAACGGACCGGACCCAAAAUUUAGUUUAAUAAUGAAAUGAUUCUUGACAAGUUGAACUAAUACUGAAAUAAAUCUGAAACAAAACUUAUAACACUCUAGAUCUAAUAACAUGCAACGAUGAUUUAUAUUUGCUCCAUUUACUUGCUUUUCUAGUAAAUCUUGAAGAAAAUAUACUGAAAAUUUUGAACCUAAACCGAGUUUUCAACUUCUUUUAAGUAGCUAUAUAUAUGAUUACAUCAUACAUGUUACACGUAUAGCACCAUUAGGCAGUGAUUAAAUAAAACAUUGUACUGCAAUAGCUAAUUAUUUGACAGUUUAAAUCAAAGUUCUAAAAAUCGGUCUAGUUCGGUUCUUUCCAAAAUGUUUUUUUUUGAAAUACGAUUUAUACUAUCAAAUCGGUUUAAACUGUUCUUAAUUGGUUAAAAUCGCCUUAAAUCGAUCUAACUUGGUCUUAAUAUGCUAAAUUAAGCAAUAAUGUUACUAUAAAUCCAAUAUUUUUUUAACUUCUUUAGUUUUGUAUAUCUAAUUUUGAUAAUUCACCACAAUAAUUUUAUAAUUAAACUCAAAAAAUAUUUCAUAUAAAUGUAAAAAAAAAAAAGAAUAAUUAGUUAAUGCCUAGACCUCGUCUAAGCUCCGAAUAAUCUGCCUAGUCGGUAAUCCUCUAUAGAGUGUCUUGUUACCGCCUAGCGAUUUCUUGAAUAUUGGUUUAAAUAUACAUCAAAAACAUCAAAGUGACAAAACUUAAUUACUAAUCAGAAAAUUAUGAAGAUUUUUAAUAAACAUAUCAAACAUAUAAUUUACAUAGUGGGUGAUCUUCUUGAAUAAAAUCACUACUGGUUCUUGCAGAUCAAUCAUAUUCACAAGUAAAAAAGAACAAAAAAAGAAGAUUAAGAAUAUAGUUUGGUAGUAUAUAGAAUAUAGGCCUGAUUACUUUACGACAUUUGUAUAUCUAUCAAUACAUUAAAUACUAUAAUCUAUUAGACUUAUAAACUAAUUAAACAAUAUAUUUGAAUCCUUCAUUCCUCAUACAUGGAAAGUUUGAGAACUUAUUCUCAUCUCAAAAGAAGUUCCUUCACUUUUACAGCCAUGCAUCCAUCGGUCGGUCUCCAAUGAAUUUUCUCUAGACAAUAAUCUUACUUUAAACCUCGUAUAGAUCAUAUAUUAUAUAGAGAUACGUAUGUAUUUACGUGUUAAAGGUAUAUUGUAUACACGAGAGGUUGUCGAUUGUGUAGCACAAUUUCCUAGCUACUUCCUAUUCUCUCUUUUUCCCUUCCUAUAAAUAUGAAUACUUAGAGAUGUAUACAUAUAUUCAAGUUGAGUGAUUGUAGUACACAUAUAUAAGACAAACUGAGAUGGGUAGGAACAAGAAAUCAUCAACGUUUUCGGUAAUAAGAGCUUUGCUACCGUGCUGUUCGAACAGUGGAGAUGACUGGAGCGAAGAAGGAGUGAUCAUAAGGUCAAGAAUCAUGACCAGUGAUGAAGAUGGUCGACUUUGGAUCGCUGAGCCAGGGGUCGAUAGAAGAGCUAAUUCUUUUAUUGCUAGGUUCUACGAGAACCGUGGCUCCGAUCUUAAUUACAAAAGUGCUACCCCUUGAAUGAUUUUAUGUGCUUUGCCUUCUUUAUUUUGUUUCUUCCAUGUUUUCUUUUGAUCUCGUGUUAGUUUAUGAAAACAAUAACAUGCUAUACGUAAUACCCUGUCUUUGUUAGUACGUGUAUUAAUUUUCGUUUGUUUAUUUAUGUAAUAAUAAUAACUAAUGAGAUUUAUAA